GGCGCCGCGCCGGGUCCGGAGCCGCCCGGCUCCCUCCGCCGCAGCUGAGCGCGGAUUGCAGCGAGCGAGCGAGCGGCCAUGGGCGCCGCGCCGGGGGCUGCAGCCCGCGGGCUCGCCGGCUGCCUGCUGCUGCUCGCCGCGCUGCUCCAGGGCCAAGCUCGAGACUUUGCCUCGGAGGAGCCGAACGUGGUGGGCCGGAAGGCAGCGGGGAGCUCUGAGGCUGAGGGGGACCAGACGGUGCCCCCCACUCCGGACGAGCUGGAGGGCGAGGUCCGCUUUGUCACCACAGCCCCCACGCUGACGCUGCUCAACCAUCACCCUCUGCUGGAGGAGUUCCUGCACGAGGCCCUGGCGAAGAAGGACUAUCUGAGGCAGGUGCCCUUCCUCACGUGGGGCCUGGGGGGGCCAGGCCCAGUCCUGCCCAGCGUGCCAGGGCGGAUCACCCAGACCCCCAGGGCCAACCUGCCAGACCAAGAUGACCUCCCGGUGUUUUCUGACCUGACCACAUCCCUCACAGUGCCAGCCACGGCCACCGUGACCAUGACCAGCACCACGGCCCUGGUGGGAGAGAAGGCCGAGGCCAGAGACACAGAGAGGACCCAAGAAAUGGUCAAGCCAGCAUUCACUGCUGAGCUGCUGACCACGGCUGCAGGCCGCGUGGCACCGUGGGCAGAGCCCCGGCCAGCCGGCCCAGAGACCAACUCCGCCUCUGUCCCCACGGAGCCUCCCAUCACCCACGCGCCUGCCAUCUCCCAAGCCGCCCUGCCCAUCCCGGGUCAAGCCACCGCUGCCAUGGUGACCAGCAACACCCCGACUGCCAUCACCCCCACAGCCCCGUUUGUCUCACCACGGACACCCGGCCCAGCGCUGCCAAGGGCCAAGGAGCCUGGGACGGAGGCUGCCACCACAGCCACGGUUUCUGGGGACGACGAGGAAACCACCACAACUACCAUCAUCACCACGACCACCAUCACCACGGUGCAGAUGCCAGCUCCGUGCAGCUGGAACCUCACGGGCCCCGAGGGCUCCCUGGACUCUCCGGAGCCGGUCAGUUCGGCCUACGACAGCCUGGACUGCACGUACACCAUCUCCGGGUACCCCGGCUACGGCGUGGAGAUCAAGGUUCUGAACAUCAGCCUGUCGGAAGGGGAGACGGUGGCCAUGGAAACCUUCGGGGGCGCAGAGCCUGUCGUCCUGGCCAACGAGUCGUUCCUCAUGAGGGGCCAGGUGAUCCGCAGCCCGACCAACCGGGUCAGCGUGCGGUUCCGGAGCCCCCAGCCCGCCAGCCCCGGCACCUUCCGCUUCCGCUUCCAAGCCUAUCUGCUGAGCUGCAGCUUCCCCUCCCGACCAGCCUACGGCGACGUCUCCGUCACCAGCCUGCACCCCGGGGGCAGCGCCCGCUUCUACUGCGCCACGGGGUAUCAGCUGCAGGGCCUGCCUGCGCUCACCUGCCUCAACGCCACCCGGCCCUUCUGGAGCGGCCGGGAGCCCGUCUGUGUGGCGGCCUGCGGGGGCGUGAUCAGAAAUGCCACCAUCGGACGCAUCAUCUCACCCGGCUUCCCAGGCAACUACAGCAACAACCUGACUUGCCACUGGCUGCUGGAGGCCCCCGAGGGACAGCGCUUGCACCUGCACUUCGAGAAGGUCUCGCUGGCUGAGGAUGAUGACAGGCUCAUCAUCCGGAACGGGAAGGACAUUGAGGCACCGCCGGUGUACGACUCGUACGAGGUGGAGUACCUGCCCAUCGAGGGGCUGCUCAGCACCGCCCGCCACUUCUUCCUCGAGCUCACCACCGACAGCAGUGGCGCCUCCACCGGCGUGGCACUCCGCUACGAAGCCUUCGAGCAGGGGCACUGCUACGAGCCCUUCGUCAAGUACGGGAACUUCACCACCAGCGACGCCAUCUAUGCCGUGGGCACCACCGUGGAGUUCAGCUGUGACCCUGGCUACACCCUGGAGCAGGGCUCCAUCAUCAUUGAGUGUGUGGACCCCAGCGACCCCCAGUGGAAUGAGACGGAGCCGGCGUGCCGAGCCGUGUGCAGCGGGGAGAUCACAGACUCGGCGGGCGUGGUGCUGUCCCCCAACUGGCCGGAGGCCUAUGGCAAGGGCCAGGACUGCAUCUGGGGCCUGCACGUGGAGGAGGACAAGCGCAUCAUGCUGGACGUCCAAGUGCUGCGCAUCGGGAAGGGCGACGUCCUCACGUUCUACGACGGGGAUGACCUGACGGCCCGGAUCCUGGGCCAGUACACGGGCACCCAGCGCCGCUUCAAGCUCUACACAGCGAUGGCCGACGUCACCAUCCAGUUCCAGUCGGACCCCGGCGGUGCUGCCUUCGGCUACCAGCAGGGCUUCGUCAUCCACUUCUUCGAGGUUCCACGCAACGACACGUGCCCUGAGCUGCCCGAGAUCCCCAACGGCUGGAAGACCACGUCCCACCCCGAGCUGAUCCACGGCACCAUGGUGAACUACCACUGCUACCCCGGCUUCGAGCUCGUGGGCCCAGAGCUGCUGAUGUGCCACUGGGACCUGACCUGGAGCGGGGACCUGCCCACCUGUGAGAGAGUGACCUCCUGCAAGGACCCCGGGGACGUGGCCCACAGCCGCAGGAUCAUCUCCAGCUCCAAGUUCCCCGUGGGCGCCACCGUGCAGUUCGUCUGCGACAAGGGCUACGCCCUGACCGGGGGCGGCCUGCUGACCUGCCGGGACCGCCAGGCCGGGGGCCCCAAGUGGAGCGACCGCCUCCCCAAGUGCACCCCAGAAGUAUAUGAGCCUUGCCACAACCCGGGCACCCCAGAGCAUGGCGUCCAGACCCCGGAGCAGAGGCUGUACCAGGCGGGGGCCACCCUGCGCUUCUCAUGUGCCACAGGCUAUGUGCUGCUGGGGGAGGGGAGCCUCCGCUGUGUGCCCGGCCACCCCUCGCAGUGGAACAGCUCUCCUCCCAUCUGCAAGGCCGGUGAGUCUGCCCUGGGACCGGCAAACAGUGUGUGUGGCCCAGCCAGUCCCCGAGCCCCCGGCCACUGGCGUCUCACCUUCCCUGCAGAACUCCCCUCUCCAGCAGGGAUUGCCUUGUGGUCACUGCGCCCUGGGCACGCCAGAUCCUCCCCGCCCCUUGCACGACUGAAUGCCGCUUACGAUGAAUUUUACAGCAACCGCAACCUGGACGUCGCGAAGGUCUCGCCCUCGGGGAACCCGCAGGAGGGCCCCAACGUCGCCAUCGCCAUCUUCCUGCCAGUGCUGGUCGUGGCGCUGCUCAUUGGAGGCAUUUACCUCUACUUCUCCAAGCUCCAGGGGAAACCGUCCCUGCAGCUGCCCCUGUCUGGUUCUCACCCCUACGAUCACAUCACUGUGGAAUCAGCCUUUGACAACACCGCCUACGAGACAGGAUCUGUUUCCUUUCCAGGACACGAGGGAAUAUGAGGUUUCCAUCUAGGCCGAGCUGAGCUGAGCCGGGAGGAGGGGCCCCCCCAGCAGCACUGUCCUCGGCCCCCCCGGACACCCCGCCGGCGUCUUGCGGGAAGGGACUGUAAAUGUCCCCAAGAGACUCUGCCCAAGCGCUUUCCCGGAGGAGCCAGCGGCCCAGCUCCCGCCCCCAGCCUGGCCCCUUCCUGCCAGCGCUGCCCCGCCCUGCCCCUGCCCGGCAGGGUCUGUGCACAGAGAAACGGGGAGGCUCCAGGCUCCAUGUGGGUGUGAUGGGCUCUGGACUCUCUGUCACGUUGCAUGGAGCCGUGCACAGGACCUGCCAGGCCAGGCCAGAGCCAGCCACACGGCCUCCUGCUCCCGCCCACGGUGGCCGGGAUAACACUGCGCCUGGGGGCUGGGCUGGGCAGCCUCCCUCCCAUCGCCAGCCUGGCCCAGCCCAGAGCAGGGGAAAGAGCCAAGGAGACACUUUAUUCCCACGAGCCUGUUCAGCCCCUUGUGUCCAGGCGCUGAGCUGUAGCUCAUGGGGUCUGAACCGGGCCCUGCGCACUCCAGGUGUGAGGAGCCCGCUGCCGAGUUGGCUCCAGGGCCUCAGCUUCGCUCUCAGCCGGGAGGGUUCUCGCCCUCAUGCUUGUGGAAAAUCUGACCCGAGUGUCAGCGCCGCCGCAUCGCCUGCCUGAGUGUGCAGCCAGCCUGAGCCAGCCGCGUGCAGAGCUGUGCGCUGCCCCAUGGACUCUGCCAAUCUGCAGCCGUGGACUCCGCCGCGGCCCAGGACAGCCCAGCGUCAGUGUGGAAUUGGACAUUUUGCAGCCGCUGCCUCCUGCUCCUCAGACCGCUCCCUGGAGCCAGAGCCGAACCCUGCCUGCAGCCGGGAUAACAGUGCAGCAGCCUGGCUCUGGGGAGCCAGGGAGAUGAGCUGCUGAAGCCAAAUGCAAGUUUGCCCUCCUCUGGCACAUGCUGGAUGGUGCAGGAGAAGGAGGCUCUGAGCCUGGCGCAUGGGAGCAAAACACCCAGCCCUGGAACUACUCAGAGACACAUUGUACUGCAAUGAGUGUUUGCAGCUCCCCACCCUCCCUCUGUGUUUGUAGCAGGGGUAGCAGAAUGCAGGGUAUUUCGGUAGCUCGUGGUCGUAGGCUAGAGGAAUGCUGGCAUGGCACUGUGCCCCUGGGCACACGGAGCCCUGAAUAUCAAGCACUGUGUCUCGCUGUGUGAGACACCUAACUCACUCGCCAGUAACACAGCCCUGCCCCUGCUACCAGCCUCCGGGGCCAGUGUAAAAACCACAUUAACAUUAGAAUUCUGUAAACGCAACCUGCCCACAUUCCGUGGAUUAAAAGCUGGUAGUAAUAGGUCUGCGAAUGUCAUUGUAGGUGGGGAAUCGUCAUCAAACAGGUGUGUGUCCGGUGGAGGGGGGGGGGCGCAGCAGUUUGUGGCCCUGUGCUAUUUAACAUCGUCAGUGGAAAACACCAAAUCAUCACCGAUCAAGUGUGCAGAUGACACAGGCCUGGGGGUGCGGUACCCAGUGAAGAGGCCAGGUCACUGCUAACAGCAAUGUGGAUCGCUUGGUAAACUGUGUUUGAAUACGGCUCAAUGUCAACGUAGCGGAGCAGAGACUGCAGGCCCGGUUACAGGCUGGGGGACUUGUCAUGCCAAGCAGUGACUGAAAAAAGCUUUUACCUCUGGGUGUGGCGCUGCUGGGAUCCUGGGUCCAGUUCUGGGGUCCGCAAGUCAAGGAUGGUGCUAAAUUGGGGAGGGCUCAGAGAAGAGCCCCGAGAACGAGGGACGGGUUAGAACCUCCUAGUGAGAGACCCUAAGACUCAGACUCUAGCUCAGCAAAGAGAAGGUUCUGGGUGACCUGAGCCCAGCCUACCGGGAUCUACGGGAAGAACAAACGUUUGAUCGUGCGCUGGCUCUUCCAUCUAGCGGAGAAGGGUCUAACCCGGCCAGCAGCUGGAAGCUGAAGCUGAGCAGUUCAGACUGGCACAAGUAAUCGUUAGCAGUGGGAGGAAUUACCCAUUGGAGCAACUCACCCAGAGCUGGGGCGGAUUCUCCAUCACUGACCAUUUUAAAAUCCGGACGGGCUGUUUUUCUAACAGCUCUGCCCAAGGGAUUACUGGGGCGGGUCUCAGGCCUGUGCUAUCGGAGCUCAGACUGGGUGGUCACAAGGGACCCUAGUGGCCUUGGGAUCUAGGAGAAAGCUCGUAGCGCAGGGCCCAGACUCUCCCGCACUCCCUUGCAAGGCUGCGUCUUGGCCGCGGGGUGCAGCAAGCUGCCAUUGCGGUGGGGUUCGUGGGGGAACUGUACAUGGCUUAGAGUGGGGGCUUCCCCAGCCCAGGGAGCAAGCCCUCCCCCGCCCCCCAGUUUAAAGGGGAGAUCCUGAGCCAAGCAGCCUGGACAGAGAUGGCUCCCAGCACAGGGCAGCGUGUGCAGAUGCAGGCCGUGAGGAGGUGCUGGCCGUCCCCUGGGCACAGCGGCUGCAGUGUUCCUGCCAUGCAGGUCAGAGACGAAGUGGUGGUAACAUGAGCCUGGGCCAAGGACCUGGGGCAGGGGCAGCUCUAACAUGCUCAGGCCUAGCUGCCCUGUGGUCUGGGGAGGGCAUAAAGCCGCUAAUGCUGCCCAGCAAGGGGGUGGCCCAGGCAGGCUUGUGUGGGCAAGCACAGGGCACGGUCUCUUGGCCUGGCACAGAGAGAGACAGGGGGUCUUGCACUCUGGGAGCCGCAGGACUACAAUGCAACACCAGGCUCAGGGCCUGCAGAGGGGGCAGCAGUGACCUCACUGAGGGGAGCCCCCAGCUGCCCAGCAGGUGUGGGGCACUGGCGAAGCGUCUCCCCUCCUGGAGGAGGAUGGGCCCAGGCUAAGUCCAAGCUUCCCCCAGGUUGUCAGUGGUGGGCAGCGUGUAAACCCUCCUGCCAACAGCCCCACCCUGAAGUGGCUCCUCCAUGUGGCUGGGCUCCACCCUUGGCGCUGGUGUGCCAGCCCCCGGCAGCUCACACUGCUUCACCUGCGCACCCCAGGGCCUGCCCCCACCUAGAGAGGCUGGGGACAGUCACAGACGAGGGCAGGUCACACAGCUCCCCGGGCAGCCAUCCUGCCUGGGCGGGAAUCCUGCCCUGCGGGCUUCGGGGCACCUUGGUUAGCCCAUGUGAGGGACCCCCCCCCAACUUGCCACUAAGCCCCCAGGAUGGUGAACUCCAGCCCCACAGGUUGUCUGGUCACUCGCCCACUGCCUGGCUCUGGGCAGGGCUUCCUGGGGCAUGGGAAGCAGUGAGGGCAGGCGAGUAUCGAGCUCCCCAGAGCCAGCUCACGCCCCUGCCAGUUUGCCAGGCUCUCGCUGUGCGCACAACCAGCCCUGGGCUCCGCCAGCCACUGCCAGCAUUUUUCCAGCCAAAUGCCCGGCAGGAGGCAGAUGAGGGUGUGGACACUGGCUCGGUUACGUGGCCCAAGGAGACCCUUGGUGAGUUGUGUGCGUGGGCUGGGGCAGGCGCUGGUGCGGCAGUGCAAACCCCGGAUCCAGGCCCAGCCCCUGCAGGAGGCUGGGGCAGGGAGACAUUUUCUCCCACCCAGGUGCACCUGCCCAGGGUCCACCUCCCAUUACUGCUAGGCCCCUGCGCUCAAGAUGCCAUUCUCCUUGAGGUGGUGGCCACAAGCUGCAGCCAGCUCCAGCCUUCAGCCAGAAUCCUCCUGGCCCCCUGGGUGUCUAGCCCACUCCCCUCUGCCUCACGGGCCCUUCUGAAUGGCUGUCCCGCUGCUGCAGAGAGCCUAGCAUGGCGCCAGGACAGGAGGGAGUGUUUGCCUGCAGCAGCUGCUUCCCAGAGAGCCCUGAUGGGGUUUCGAGAGAGACGCCAGCCCAAGCGGCUCCCAGCCAGGGACCUUGCCUGCCAGCCCAGCCACAGGGCGUGCCAUGCUGUUCUCCGUGCGAAGGGAGUGAGAAGCAGCAGGCUGGGCUGUGGAGACGGACAGGACGGGGCGUCCCACCAGCAAGGGGCACCAGUGCUGGAGGGAUGGGGAGCCCCGCACGGUCUCCAAGCAGGGCAGUGAGGAAAGGGGGGCUUAGUGCUGCUGCCCCCCGACCCAUCCGGAGCCCCUGGGCCUGGCGAGCCCCAGCCUGGGCAGGAAGCUUUUCACGUGUGAAAUGUCAUGUACAGUCCCAGCUUUCCGCCGCCCGGUCCGUUUUGGGGAGAAG